AUGCCUUCGUCAUCCUCAAAGUCCGAUGACCCUCUAUUUGUCACUGGAAACUUCGGAAUUGAAAAAAUUGGAAACUUGCGUGCUAGAGUGACUAACACAUUUCUCGAAUUUUCCUAUUCUCAACUCUCCUUAAUGAUUAUUCAUGCAAUUAUAAUUACAUACUUAUUUCUAUCCAACAUGUUCCACAUAUACAACAUAAAAUCUCCUGAAAAUGAAACAAGCAAUGUGACGAUAUCACCAAAGGAAGAUUUGGAUGUCAAUGCCUUGAAGGUUGCAGUGGCAAUCAUUGCACAUAUUCUUUCUAUCCUAACCAUUUUUGCUUCAUUACUCGAGAAUAAUUUAAGAAUAAUAUCAAAAAGGCUUCCUCCUCUUGUUGUUGCGAUUACAUUGGUCUUUGCGCUGGUGUUCAAUGCUGUGGCAAGUAUUUGUAUGUGGUUCCAUGAUGCACCGCAUCUACCCGGCGGAUAUUCUCGAACCAUAAGAGGAUGCGCAGUGUUAUCCUCAGCUGGAUGCCUUUUUACGUUGAUCAAUUCUGUAGUAUUUUGCACUUAUCCUCCUGCACGUGUAACAUACAAGACCACAGCAGUCAAGGAUAUAAAUGUGCUCAAGGAAAGCAAAGAUAGCAAGAGUGAUGAUAGGGAUAAAAUGAAAAGGGAGACUCCAGCGGCAAAAUCGAGCUCAAAACUAAAGGAAGUACAAUCACCUGCGCUACCUGCAGCGACGUCUCCAGAGCCACCUCCGCCUCCACCGCAGACCAACUUCCUCCUCUUCCACCACCGCCUCCGCCUUAGAUGAUCCCCGAGUUAAGGCCACAUUUGCACGUCUUCUUGUGUAUGGUUGAAAGUGAAAUAAAUUCUAAAAGC